UGCGACCUCGCGCCCGGCUUGGGCAAUUAAAAUUCCCCGAUGUGUAAACAAAUAUUCUCUCAAUACAGAAAUUUGGAUGAAUUAGGUUAGGAGAACAGAAAACAGUAGAAAAUGGAAACAACGUUCAAAAUCCUUAUUUCUUUCACUCUGUUGGUUAAUAUCUGUCAGGCUUCUGCUUGUGUUCGAAACUGUCGAUGCGACAGCCGUAAUAAUGUAUAUUGCAUCGAAAACUCCUGGACAUUUGUGCCUUACGGUAUCCCGGUCGAAACUAGAAGUUUAAACAUGUACAGGAACAAUAUAACGAAUGGGCCGACCACCAAUGCAAAUUUGGAAAGACUAAUAAACCUAAAGAAACUGGACAUGCACCAAAACGAUUUAAAAUCAUUUCCAAUCGGCCUUCCAAACUCGCUGGAGUUAAUUUACUUUCAGAAAAACGACAUCAAGUACAUCGGGCGUAAUUCAUUACACGGAUUAUCAAACUUAAACGAGUUACAUCUGGACGAAAACAACAUCACAAACAAAGGACUUUCGUCGGUCGCUUUCAAGGACGCGACACGACUCAUGGAGCUCGUACUGACUAAUAACUUGCUGACAGCUGUACCCGAAGGCUUACCGGUAUCCCUCCGCGUUCUUAGGUUAGACAACAACCUAGUUCAGAGGGUUACCGUCUCCGCAUUGCAGCCGCUUACGAGACUGAUAAGGUUGGACUUAUCCGGUAACUCAAUCAUACAAAACUUUGUAGAACCAAGCGCAUUCUUGGGACUGCACCGACUCCGCACACUUGACGUUAGUGCAAAUCGACUGACACAAAUACCAAAGGGCUUGCCGGAUAAUUUAGAUGAACUUUUAUUGUCAAAGAACUCAAUUGAAUUUGUGUAUAGUACAAGCAGUGAUGAUGGCUCGCCGACCGCCCAUGGAAGUUUAAGUGGAUUAACGAUGCUUACGAAGCUUGACCUGUCGUCCAACAAGUUACAAAGCGUUGAAUACGGCGCCUUUGACGGCCAACAACGACUGCGAACCUGCGAGUUACAGAACAACCCGUGGCAAUGUGAUUGCUACCUUACAUACCUGAAGCGGUGGCUUUCUUCUACGACUACAACUCUGAGUAGUGAGCGUAACACACGUUGCUCAACCCCACAAGCAUUUAGCGGGGUCACGUUGAGAAAUAUCGACCAAGAAGUUCUUAAUUGUGAUAUCAGGGAAGCAGGCGCAUUUCGUAUAAGUGAUGUAACAAGCAACAGUGCUAUAUUAUCUUGGUCCAAUUCUACAGAAACACCAGAUCCUGCAUUUGUCAACAUAAGAGUGAUGUCGGGGAAAAUGUCUUGUAGUAACUGUUCGUUUUCCGACGAUCCCACCAACGGUGUCUUAACAGUUUUAAGAGGUGCUGCUUCGGACUGGCUGUCGACUUACAGCAUUGUAAACGUUGCUGGAAAUAUGUACAAGAUAAAUGGCCUGGAACCUAACAGACAUUAUGCUGUAUGUCUCCUGGAUUCGACACAAGACCCGAAGUUGGUAACAACCGACCAAUGCCAGGAUUUCUGGUUAAAAGAACCCCCUACAACAUCCGCACCUAACUCCCAAGUUGACCCAAAAUCAAAUAAGCUUCCACUCUGGCUUAUAGUGCUCUGCUGUGUAUUAGCAGUGCUCUUAUUACUUGCACUUAUAGCUGUUGUAAUAUGCCGUCGAAGGUCCCGCGAAAAACCAGUCUUAGGCGCUGGGAAUAUGUAUACUGCUCCGAGACUUACAAACUCGCGACACAACCGUCAAGAGUAUUAUUUCCCCGAUUCCUACCUGCCUGGUUUCACCCAAAACUCAGCUACGCAGCGUAGCGACCGUACUUACGCCGAAGUUGGACCUGGCGGAAAUGACGCAGCUAUUGACGCAAUGCGUGAAUUUGACGUCACUUUGAUGGUGAAACCGAAUGACGCCACAGCACCAAAGAGAUUACACAUGACACAAGACAGUCUGAGUUCGUACAGCAGCCGCCACGACACAAUCUCAACCAAUCAGACAGCUGCUGAUGGGUCACGUGGUUCACCACCACCCAGCUACGAGCCCUACGAUUCUAUUGGUCACCGUUCCUCCGAGAGUAUGACGUCACGAUUACGUCAGGACACCGAUUAUGUAUACGACCUUCUGCUGCAGAGGUAAAACGUGAAAUUUUUGCUUUUCUCAGCGCUGACAAUUUGAUGAAUGCAGAACGAAUGAAAUAUGCUUCUAAAUUAGUUCCCAUUUCAAAUAAAACGAUAAAGUUGUCUUUCUUAAUGCUUCUUUUUUUCUUACAUAUCUAGUAAUGACCGAAGUGUCUUAGUUUUGAUACAACAGUUGAAAAACUGGUCUUGUAUUUAUACGUUUCUUAUGUAAAAAUGAUUGUAUUUCGGUUUUCGUUAUUUGGGAUCCGGUAUCUCAUGCACCCGUGUUUCUUAUUGUUCCUUGUGUCUUUCCCACCCAUAUGCAGCUUUUAUUUUUCUAAUAAAAUUCACAGCGAAAACACUGUUGUUUUAAAGCCCAAGCCACGGCGAAUGAAAACAAAUAAGCAAAACCUGGGACCAUCAUUCGCGACCUAAUUUUGUUUUCUCAACCGGCCCUGUUUCGCCGUGAGGAUUCGCUAAAAUAAACAAAACCUGUCCCCGGC